AUGGGCAAUACAGUGACAACAUUUUUUAGAGAUUGUUGUAAUAGAUUAUUUAAUAAAAGUAUAGUUUUUCAAAUUAGAAUAUGUGGACCAGCUCAAAGUGGAAAAACAACAUUUGUAAAAUUUUUAAUGUGUAAUCAAUUUUUAAAAGUAAAACCUACAGAAGGUCUACUUGUUGAAAAAAUUGAUUAUGAGGAAUUCUCUGUAAUUAUUUGGGAUUCAAGAUAUAGCCUGGAAGAUGAUGCGUCUAUUAACAAAUUAGAUAUCGACGCUGUAAUUUAUUUUAUUGAUCUUUCUGACCAAGGAAGAUUAAAAAUAGCUAAAAAGGGGUUUUACAAAGUAUUACAAGAUUUUGACCAUGUUGAUAAUGUUUUAGUUGUUGCUAGCAAACAAGAUAAAAAAGGUUGUAUGACAUUAGAUCAUGUCAGGAAGGAAUUAAAAAUUGACAAAAUUGUUGACAGGAAUUGCUUUUUAGCAGAAUGCUCCUCAAAAACAGGCCAUGGAAUUGAGUAUUCAAUGAACUGGCUUUUUAAUCAAUUAAUGAUUAAAAGAAAAAAAAGUUUAUGUCUUUUAAAAUAA